AUGACCACCACCCACCACUACUACCAACCAUCACCCACCACUUAUCACCAUCACUCACCACCACCACCUAUCACCACCCCCACCCAGCACCCACCAAGACCAUUACCACAUAUCACCAUCACCAUCCAUUACCACCACCCACCUCUACCACAUAUCACCGCCAUACGCCACCACCACCCUAUCCAUCACCCAUUAAAACCACAAUACACCACCACCGCCACCACCACCCACCACUACCACCUAUCACCAAUACCCAUCACCACCACCUGCCACCGCCACUCACCACCACCCCACAUGUCACCCUCACCACCUACCACCAUCAAACAUCAAUACACACCACCACCCGUCAUUAUGUGUAUAUAA